AGCCCCCAGGGUUCGGGGGCCGCGGCGGCGGGCGAGGCGAGGGAACAUGGCCGCCCUGACGACGGUGGUGGUGGCGGCCGCGGCCACGGCGGUAGCCGGGGCUGUGGCGGGGGCGGCGGGCGGGAGCGGCGCGAGGGCGGCAUCGGCGCCGCAACAGAAUGAUGGUGGCUGCAGCGCUGCAAGCGGAGUUCGUCCUUUUCAGCUGCAAAGCUGGAAACAGAAAGUUAGUCGCACUAAGAAAGCAGAAUUUGUACGUACUGCAGAGAGACUGAACAAUCAAAUUAUUAUCAUAGAAAAAGAUAAAUGCAAUCAUUUCUACAACCAAAAAGGUGACUUGAGGAUUGAGCGUAGUAUGCUGGAAGAAUUGGAAAAUAAAUUGAUUAACAGCAGGAAAACAGAAAGAACAAAAAUCCAACAACAGUUGGCCAAAAUAUAUAACAAUGUAAAGAAACUUCAGCAUCAGUUAAAAGAUGUGAAACCUACACCUGAUUUUGUUGAAAAGCUCAGAGAAAUGAUGGAAGAAAUUGAAAAUGCAAUUAACACUUUUAAAGAAGAGCAGAGGUUGAUAUAUGAUGAGCUUAUUAAAGAAGAGAGGACAGCUAAUAAUGAGUUGACCGCGAUAUCAAAAAAAAUUGACACGUGGCCUUUGGGCAAUUUAGAGAAGGAUAAGGCUCCCAGGGCAGCCUCAAGCAGAGUUCCAGGGGACAAGGGACUACCUAGCACCCUUCCAGAAGAAGUCGUGGACUUUGAGAAGUUCCUGCAGCAGACAGGAGGCCGCCAGGGCGGCUGGGAUGAGUACGAUCAUCAGAACUUUGUGAAGGUGAGAAGCAGACACCAAGGGAAGCCUGCGUUUGUGGGAGCAGCUCUCGAGCACCUCCCAGGAAGAACGCAGGAGGAGGUGCAGCAGCAUGAGCAGUGGUACCAGAAGUUCCUGGCUCUGGAGCAGAGAAAAAGAGAGUCUAUUCAGAAUUGGAAAACUCAAAAACAGCAAAAAAAGGAGGAAAUUUUCAAGUUAAAGAAGAAGGCAGACAACAUGCCUGUGCUUUCCCAUGAUGAAGGUGAAGACAGUCCAAACCGGGAGGAGGCACAAAGAAAGAAGCAGAAAUUGGCAGUUGACGCUUGGAAGAGACAGAAAAGUCUAGAAUUGUCCAUGAAACAUGCUUCCCGGUUAAAAGAAGAAGAAGAGAAACAGAAGCAGCAGCAGAAAGCGCGCCAGCGUCAGUUUAAACUGAAGCUGCUGCUGGAAGGCUACACCCAGCAGAAGAAAGAGCAGGAGGAAUUGUUGAGGCUUGAAAAGGAGCUGAGGGAAAAGGCAGAAAGAGCAGAGAAAAGAAAAACAGCUGCUGAUGAAAUUUCCAGGUUUCAAGAAAGAGAUUUACAAAAACUUGAAUUGAAAAUUUUAGACAGACAAGCGAAGGAAGAUGAAAAGGCAGAAAAGCAAAGAAGACUGACGAAAUUAAAAGAAAAGGUUGAAAACCACGUUGGGAGAGAUCCCACAAGGCUUCAUAGACCUACCAAAGGCUGGGAAGAACGAAUGAAAAAGACUGGACCAACUGGCUGUGGGCCACUGCUGCACAUCCCACACAGAGCUGUUCCAACGUGGAGACAGGGAUUGUAGGGAGUAGGGCAUGGUGAAAUCGGUGUUGAGCUGAAGAGAACGCUACACUGUGUGGUUAUGCCAGCAGAAGGGCA